AUGAAUUAUCCAUUUCAGAUUGUAAAUGCGAAGGCCUAUGAAGAAAUAAUAAGUAAGGCUAAUUGCCCGCAUUUUGAAGGAUGUGAUGUGUCAGAUAAUCCAACAUGUGGCAGAGCUUACUACAAUGGCAAACCUAUACCUUACAGUGAGGGGUUCUGUUGUUCUUGCGACGAAGCAGUGAAUACCAAAAGGCAACCCGUAAGGUUUAGGAGUAUCGCACCGAAAGCAGAGAUUUCAUCUUUGUCAAUGGCAGGACUAAUGCCGCAGUCAAGAAACCCACACAAACGACGGAAGAGACCCAAGAAAUCAAUUCCAGAAGGAGAAAAUUCAUAUAAGUCGGAACUCAAAGUAUCAUCAGUCAAGAACAAUGUCACAUCGCAGGUAGGCCUAAAUGAUUCAGCAUCCGUAAAAAUGGCAAGAAACAUCUCGAUAACUAAUGGAACUAAUGUAAAUGCUACGUCGCCGAUAAAUGUAGCAGUUGAUAAUAAAAAUGAAGUUACCAAGACAAAUAAAGAAACAUAUUUGAAUUACCCCGAUAAAGUUGACAAACAUUGUAAAUUAAACUCGUUGGUGGCCCACGCAAACAGUACUAAUGAUACAAUAACGAUUGAAAUGGAACACAAAAUCAUCAAUGAUCCAUCCGUGCCAAUUAUUUUAUUUGCAAAUGAUCGAGAUUCUUUAAUUCGUCUACAGGAUGCAGUAGAAAGGAAACUCAACGAAACACGUAGUGUGCUAAAUGAGCCCAGUCGAGUAAGGAACAAGCGUAAGGGUGACGAGAACCCAGAUUUCCUGUUAAUCGCAGCAGUUGAUAAUAAGAAUGAAGUUAACAAGACAAAUAAAGAAAUAUAUUUGAAUUCCCUCGAUAAAGGUUACAAACAUUGUAAAUUAAACUCAUCGGUGGCCCACGCAAACAGUACUAAUGAUACAAUAACGAUUGAAAUGGAACACAAAAUCAUCAAUGAUCCAUCCGUGCCAAUUAUUUUAUUUGCGAAUGAUCGAGAUUCUUUAAUUCGUCUACAGGAUGCAGUAGAAAGGAAACUGAACGAAACACGUACUGUGCUAAAUGAGCCCGGUCGAGUAAGGAACAAGCGUAAAGGUGACGAGAACCCAGAUUUCCUGUUAAUUGCAGCAGUUGAUAAUAAGAAUGAAGUUAACAAGACAAAUAAAGAAAUAUAUUUGAAUUCCCUCGAUAAAGGUUACAAACAUUGUAAAUUAAACUCGUCGGUGGCCCACGCAAACAGUACUAAUGAUACCAUAACGAUUGAAAUGGAACACGGAAUUAUCAAUGAUCCAUCCGUGCCAAUUAUUUUAUUUGCGAAUGAUCGAGAUUCUUUAAUUCGUCUUCAGGAUGCAGUAGAAAGGAAACUCAACGAAACACGUAUUGUGCAAAAAGAGAACAGUCGAGUAAGGAACAAGCGUAAGGGUAACGAGAGCCAUGAUGAAAAAUUGCAUCACCUGAUAUAUGAAAAUGUUUCGAAAACGGAAGUAAUAGAAAACGCGAUUGACCGUGAAUUUCCUAUUCAACCUGAAAAAUAUUACAUUUUCCCACCAUUUUAUUGUCCAAAGGGUUUUUCAUUAGAUGAAGCCAGGGGUUCUCUUAAAUUAAAUCCAUUUAACGGAUAUCUUGAGCAUAGAGUCCAUAAGACCCGGCUACCGUUUAGAUACUUCCAUCAGAUAAGACGAAAUGUGAAUGGUGACCAAUUGAGAAAUCGAAGGAAUAAAAGAUUUAACAUUUUCAAGCAUAUAAAAAACCAUUUCCAGGCUGUACCUUUAAAAAACAAUGCCACUCUUAAAACAGAACUGGACCCAACGCAACAGGAAAAUUUAAGGAAAUACUAUGCAUUAUUUCCGGUACCAGAUGGAAGUAAAGGUUACGAUAUUAACAAGCACCCAUUAGAUGCCAAUGAGAAACACGCGGAUCUUAUAAAUGAAUGGCCAAAUAUGAAUUCCUUAAAACCAACAAAAGAGAAACUGAUAUCAACAUUAAAUGGCAUCCGAGGCAAUGAUCAAAUUAUUAAUAUUGGACAUUUGUUUGGAGAAAAUAGCACCAGAGGAUUUGACAAGCAUUUACAAAGCCAUGAAGUAAUACCGACAUUGACCACAAGAGGAAAUGAAUCUAUUCCUUGUAGUCAGCUUAUAUUGUCAUCCAUCAGUGGUAAUAACACGGAAUUACAUUCGUCAAGUCCUAUAAAUUCCUACCUGAAUCCAGGUAAGUAUCAUUAA